AUGUUGUUUUCCAUUGUCAAACUCGGCGUAGCGACGCUGGCCUUGUUUCCCGAUGGUGGUUUCGCCAUGACAAGAAAACAUGCCCGUGGUGGUACAUGUAGAAGGGAGUUGUCCUCCUUCCCCGAAGUGAACCGCAAUUAUCCCGAGCUGUACGGUCCUGGAGAUAACCAAGUCUUUUAUGAAGCCGAAUCUCUUGACUACUUCAAGAAUGAAAUUAGUUCAUAUUGGUUUGAGUGGCUCAAUCCACGUGAAAUCGAGGCUGGAGGAACUACGUGUGGCUUUCUCUAUCCCGACCUUGGAGUACUCCAUGGUGUUACCUACCCAACCAUUAAGGUUUAUGUUUGUGUUAGGUUUGCUAAUGUCCAACCCGCUGCUAAAGGGAACAUGUUUGUUCAUUGCGGCGGGCCUGGGUCAUUGUCCUAUUGCACAAAGGGUAUGAUCUAUGGAGGAUAUUUCAGUGAAAAGAACCUUGAUGAGUACAACAUCUGGUCCAUUGAUCAGAGGGGCAUGGGCCGUUCUUGGCCGAACUUUGCACACGACGAAUGUUCUCUCAAGAAAGUUAUUCGCGAUUCCACUGGUGCAAUCCAAAGCAUGGUGAAACGCGAUGAAGAUAACGCGAGGGUGAACGUUACUGGCUUGGACGAUGAAGACCAGAUCAAGCUCAUUCUGCAGAAGUACAAAAGCAGAGCUAGGGAUUGCUGGGGCGUCCCGGAAUUCAACAUGAAGGCUACCCAAUCCGAUUACAGUGUCAGGGAAUUCCAUUUCCUUGAAUACUCGGGAACUAGAUCAUUGGCGCAAGAUGUGCAUCUUUUAAGGCACCUCAUGAAUGCUCCCAAAUUGCACUUGUACGGAAUUUCCUAUGGCACUUCCGUCUUUUCUACUUACGCAACGCUAUUUCCUUCACACGUUGGACUAUUCGUGCUGGAUAGCACUGUUAGUCCCAAUCCCGAUCACUAUCAUGUCGCUUUUACACUAUCGGUCGGGCUCAAUACCCGAAUCAACUACGUGCUAUACAGUUGCAGCGCUCACAAUGCUCGAAGUCCAGGCUGGUGUCCGGUUGAAGAUUUGCGAGAAUGCGUCAGCGACAUUAAUGCUAUGACAAGGGAUUCUGGAGUCAAUGUUGGGGCGUGGGGAGGCGACGGCUUUAGAUUUAUCCAAAUUGCCCUGUAUGUAUUGUUUCGGUACCCCGAUCGCGCCGAAGAAGUUUGUGCUUUGGCAGACGCAGGGGACCGGCAGGGUUUUGCUGAAAUUUUGGAUGAGCUGUAUUACUUUUCGAGGCCUACAGAUACAGAAGAAAGGACUGAAACAGAAGCUCCAGUUGCGACUUCCAAGCAGGGAGUAUACGAUCCUAGGUACUCGCAACCCACAGACACUUACAGCGACGUAUACGGCAACCCAGACUACCUCAUUCUCGUUGGGCCUGGCAUCCAGAUUCCUGUCGUUUUGGUCCGUGGCCAAGAUCGAGCAGGUGCCGUCUACGACGAAGAUUUCUUUGCCAAGGAAGUACUGGCAUUUGGUAAAAAGUACACUGGUGCUGGAACUGGACGUCCCGCUAGGGCAUUUUUCGCUGAGUACACCGUCGGAUUCUACUGGCCCAAAUCUGCCCCAAUCCCGCCCGCGGGUAAUCCCUUUCUCAGGGGAAUUGUUGUCGGUCUGCUUUACGAUUCCAAUACCCCUUACGUCUGGGCCCAGGAAAUGAGAGCGGCGUUCCCUUAUACCUCCAUGUUGACCUCACAGGCGACCAACCACGGACUGGGCGGAGACGACCGAGAAUGCCAGAGCCACGUUACGGACUAUUUGGAUUCAGGAUACAUCAACUUUGUUGAUGGCUUGGUUUGCGGUGAUGACUUUGCUUCAGGUGACGACUUUAUGAACAUUUUCUUCCCACAAACCCCGGCGCCUUCACCGCGUACAUCAACUCCUCCCACCGAAAGCAGCGCAACCACCAUACCCAACACAAACGAACCAACGAUUCAGCCAACGGAAUCCGCGGCUCCCGGAGAAUUCAAGACAAGUGUUCCCACAAGCUAUUCUGUUAGUGCGGAUGGAGAGGAAUCCGCAGCUCCCGGAGAAUCCAAGACAAGUGUUCCCACAAGCUAUUCUGUUAGUGCGGAUGGAGAGGAAUCCGCGGCUCCCGGAGAAUCCAAGACAAGUGUUCCCACAAGCUAUUCUGUUAGUGCGGAUGGAGAGGAAUCCACGGCUCCCGGAGAAUCCAAGACAAGUGUUCCCACAUCCGCGGCAACACUUGUGCCAGGCAACGGAAACAGCAAUAUUUUUUUCCAUGGUGAUGGCCUCGUUACCGACAAUGGUGACCAAAAUAAACCCGCUUGCAAUAAUCAAACUGCAAACGCAACAACCCCAACGAACACAGCCUUCACGAGUGCCCCAACUCCAAGCACCAUUGCGCCGACAAAUGGUGCAACUACAGCCGAUGCAACUAUGAUCAAAUCUGGUUGCACCUUUCGACACCACUCAUGUUACCACUGGCUAUUCCAUCUUGGUGUGACACUUGUUCCUUUGAUAUUCUUUUUCCAAUAG